AUGGAAUACAAGAUGGAUUUUGGUGGGCAGUGUGAAGACAAAAAUACACAAGGUUUAAGCAACGGUUUAAGCUCUGAAAUUGGACCUAUUGCUCUCUACGAUACCAACCCUCGUGAUUCUGAAUUGCAGGACGUUCUUGAGGAAAAGCUAGUAGAUGAUGCGUUCUUGGAAGAAUUUGCUAAUGCUAACCUCUCCCAAUCUAUUAGUUUACCCGCCAAUUUUAACAGCCUUGUGGAAAAACCACUCGUAGUAGCUUUUACGUAUCAAGCCCGCAAAGUUUCUGACAUUCCUUUUAAAAAGAGAUUCUCUCAAAAGUAUAACAAAGAGAAAAUAUUCAACAUUAGAAAAAAGAAAUUGUUGAUGCCAACAUCCAAAAAUGAAGAUAGCGUAAUGACAGAAUCAAGUGAAUUGCACCCGAGGUCGCACCUUUAUUAUAGUCAGAAACGCAAGACUUUAGAGUGUGACACUUUUCCUCUUAAAAAGAGGAAAAUUUUUUUUUCCUAGAAGACAAAAAGUUACAAUUCAUAUUAUAAGACCUACAUUCUAAUAUGAGA